UUAGUCGUUGAGCCGCUUCAUCGUGUUUUUAUUUUUCCCAAACGACCGCUGAACGAAGAAGAUGAGUUCUGAUCUGAAGAGGAAGCAGAAGAAGAUAAACCCUAAACCCGUUCAGUUAAAUCCUAAUUGGUCACUCCUCCAACAAAAGCUGAAAUCUGAUUCUCAUAGCUCGGGCAGUCGAAAAUCGUCGAACAAUGGCAACCCAGAAAACCCGAGCUCCGUAUUAGGGAAGCGGAAGGAGAGGCCCGAUUCAGAGGAGGAUGUUCCUAAGAUUAAUCCCUUAACUCCGGUUAAUGACGAUUCCAGUUUGACAGAUGAAGUGGCUAUGGACUGUGAAAUGGUUGGUGUCAGUCAAGGAACCAAAAGCGCCCUUGGACGAGUUACCUUGGUAAAUAAAUGGGGAAAUGUUAUAUACGAUGUGUUUGUCCGUCCAGUAGAACGUGUUGUUGACUUUCGAACACAUAUUAGUGGGAUUCGACCUCGAGAUUUAAGAAAAGCCAAAGAUUUCCGAGUUGCUCAGACAAAAGUAGCGGAGUUGAUAAAGGGAAAGAUUCUCGUGGGACACGCCUUGCACAACGAUCUUAAGGUUUUGCUACUAACUCACCCGAAAAAGGACAUAAGGGACACAGCAGAGUAUCAGCCCUUUCUCAAGUACUCACACUUCAACAACCCCUCUUUUUUUCUUUUGUCUGACUGCUUCUUGUCGCUCUUUCGUCCAAUUCUAAAUGAGCCCACCUGUGAUCUUUCAAACAGGGACAAAACCAGAAAGUCUCUGAAACAUCUUGCCGCUGAGUUUCUAGGGGCCGACAUUCAGAAUGGAGAGCACUGUCCUAUUGACGAUGCACGAGCUGCGAUGAUGCUUUAUCAGAAGAACAGAAGAGAGUGGGAGAGGAAUGUGAAAGACCAAAUACGGAUGAGGCUGAAACAAAAGAAGCGUAAGCCUAAGAAGAAGGCUUCCACCCAUCACACCCAAAAUUCACGCAUUGAGCUGACAAGGCUAAAAAUAGAAGACGCAGAUUUUUGCAUCAACGAGGAAAAAAGACUGAGUGAAAUUGAUUUCAUAGUCGACGGAGAAAUGCGAGUGAUGAGAUCAUUGCGCCGUAAUCCUGGUGCCGGGUUGGUUUUCCGGCCGGAGAGGCUGAGCUCUCUUCGGAGCAUCUUUACCGGUUGCCGUGCUGUGAUGCUGCCUCGCUUUGGCGGUCCGGAGGUUUUGGAGCUCCGGGAGAAUGUUCCGGUGCCGAAUCUUAAUCCGAAUGAGGUUCUCGUCCGGGCGAAAGCUGUCUCCGUCAACCCUCUUGAUUCCAGAAUACGAGCAGGAUAUGGGCGUUCUGUAUUCGAACCACAUCUUCCUAUUAUAAUUGGACGCGAUGUCAGUGGCGAAGUUGCAGCAAUUGGGAAUUCAGUGAAGUCGUUUAAAGUAGGGCAAGAAGUUUUUGGUGCAUUGCAUCCCACGGCGUUAAGAGGUACUUACACUGAUUACGCAAUUCUUUCGGAUGAAGAGCUCACUGAAAAGCCAUCCUCAGUUUCUCAUGUGGAGGCAAGUGCCAUUCCUUUUGCAGCCUUGACUGCUUGGCGUGCUUUGAAGAGUAAUGCUCGGAUAAUCGAAGGACAAAGACUAUUAGUUUUUGGAGGAGGGGGAGCAGUAGGGUUUGCUGCAAUCCAGCUUGCUGUAGCCUCUGGGUGUCAUGUUACGGCAUCUUGCGUCGGGGAGACCAAAGAUAGAAUACUAGCAGCUGGUGCCGAGCAAGCUGUUGACUACACAACCGAGGACAUUGAGGUGGCGGUAAAAGGAAAGUUUGACGCCGUGUUGGAUACUAUUGGCCGGCCUGAAACCGAGAGAAUAGGCAUAAACUUCUUGAGGAAGGGUGGAAACUAUAUGACUCUCCAGGGUGAGGCUGCUUCAUUGACUGAUAGAUAUGGUUUUGUGAUUGGGCUUCCGCUUGCAACUUCACUCUUGGCGAAGAAAAAGAUACAAUAUCAGUAUUCUCAUGGAAUAGACUAUUGGUGGACGUACAUGAGGGCUGAUCCUGAAGGUCUGGCCGAGAUUCAGCGGUUGGUUGGAGCCGGAAAGCUAAAGAUACCAGUGGAAAAAACAUUUCCGAUAACCGAAGUUGUAGCAGCUCAUGAAGCCAAGGAGAAGAAGCAGAUUCCGGGUAAGGUGGUUCUAGAGCUAUGAGCUACUAUAUAUAGAGAGAGUAACAAUAAUAAUACCUGCAGAGCUCCCUAGCAGAUGUUCUUUUUAGAAAUUACACGCAGGAGAAACAAAUGUUUUUGCGUCUGGGGUUUUCUGUAAAUGAGAUCUAUCAGGCUUAGAUUAAGAUCAAAAACUUGAAGUUUCUGUAUAGACAUUCCAAAGGUUUGUUUUUAUUUGGACGUUCGUCUUUGUUGCAACUUGCAGUAAACCAACUAGGCCGAGUAAUGAAAAUGGUUUAGAAGCUUUUUUUUUUUCUCGUUGUCUCAUCUAUUAUAAGAAUCUCAAUACAACAUAUAUGAAUUUGAUUACUCGCACCAUAAAUAAAAAA